AUGAAGCAGUGUAGUCAUACAUCCUAUCUACCUAUCCUUUUCCAUCCAACGAAGAAAGAAGUAACAGUUACGACCAGUUCAUCAUCAUCAUCAGCAAAUGAAUCGACAAAAAUAUCUUUUCGUCAGCAAAUUGAAUUUUUUUUAACUCGAUGGCAUCAAUUACAAGGACAGAAAAAUCAGUGUCAACAAGAACAACAGAAGCAAUAUUUAUCAAAUUUCCAUCAGAAAGAACAAAAACCAUGGCAAUGUAAUGAUUUCGAUCGAAUCAUGGAAGAAGUUCUUGAAAAUCAAUUAAAAAAAUUAGAACGUGAAGAAGAUGAACAAUAUAGAUUAUUGGAACUUUCACUUGAAGAAAAGUUAAAACAACAGGAGUCAAUGAUUUCGCUUCAUCUAUUCUCGUCCGAUUAUUCGAAACAAUUGCAUGAUAUGGAAAUCUUGAUACAAUUAGAAACAAAGAAAACAACAACGAGAAUAUCAAAGCCUGUUAAACCAUCUUGA